CUCGGCAGCUCCAUGUAUUAUGAUGAAGAUGGGGAUCUCGCCCACGAGUUCUACGAGGAGACAAUCGUUACGAAGAAUGGGAGGAAGCGCGCCAAGCUGAAGAGGAUCCACAAGAACCUGAUACCUCAGGGCAUAGUGAAACUAGAGCACCCUCGCAUUCAUGUGGAUUUUCCAGUGAUCAUCUGCGAGGUGUGA